CAUCACAAACACCAGUCCUCGAACACACAAAGACCGUCUACGCACAAUCUCCCUCAAACACAGUCCCAGCCACACAGCACAAGACACUAACACCACCAGCUUCCCCUCCGCACCAAGGACUCAACAUGUCUCCGAAAUCACCAUCCCCCUUCCCCCUCCACGGCCGCUACGCCGAUGGCAACAGGUGGGAAGUCCUCAAUGGCCCGGGCGACGCACGCCCCACGGCCAUGCAGAUCAUCAAAGACGAAGGCCUUCUCCUCGCGUCCGACCAGGGCGACAACAACAACAGCAACGCCGCGAAAGGCAUGAAUUCUCUUGUUGACAAGGUCAUAUUCGUGACGGGGGCCUCGUCGGGCAUGGGCCCGCACAUGGUGCGCGCGCUCGCGGCGACGGGGGCGACCAUCUACGUCGGGGCGCGGGACGUGGAGAAAGCAAAGAGGGCCAUUGGGGAUGAUCUCGUCGUCGCCGGGAGCGACAGCAACAGCAGCAGCAGCAGUAGUGGCCAGGUACACAUCCUACACCUCGACCAGGCCGACCUGUCCAGCGUGCGGCGCUGCGCCGACGAGUUCAUGGCGCUCAGUACCGCUGUGAGCCACACAAACAGACCACAGCUUAACAUCCUCAUCAACAACGCAGCCGUCAUGCGGACUCCAGAGCAUGUGCGCACAAAGGACGGGCACGAGCUGCAGUUCCAGACCAACCACCUCUCGCACUUCCUGCUGUUCUGGCUGCUGCGGGAUGUGCUGCUCGACAGCGCGAGCCAGGAGUUUCCCUCGCGGGUGGUCAGCUCGACGUCGGCAGGGCACAAGUACACACAAAUCGACCUGGACGAUUUGAACUUGGAGCAGGAGGGCGCCUACGCGCCGUGGAGAGCUUACGGCCAGUCCAAAAUAGCAAACAUCUACAUGACGUCCCACAUCACGCGGCUCUACGGCGAUAGGAACCUGUACGGCUUCAGCGCGACGCCAGGCUCCUUUAUGAGCCCGAACCUGCAGCAGCACUGCACGGCCGAGGAGAUGCGCAUGUGGCAGGAGGACCCGCGGCUCAGAGUCUUCCACGCCAGCUACGAGCAGGCGUGCGCGACGGCCGUGUACGGCGCCGUGGCAAAGGAGCCACUCGAGUACGUGAGGAGGCAGAACGCGGGGAGAGGGCCCGGCGGCGGCACGGGCUUGUAUCUCGAUGGGUGUUCUGUGGCGGGGCCGGUGCCGGAGGACGCGGUCGACUUGCUCGAGUUUGGCUAUGCCGAAUGGGCGUUUGAUCCGGAGAAGGAGGCGAGGCUGUGGGAGCUCAGCAAGAAGCUUGUGGGCGUCGAGUGAUUAUACUUUCCCGCGCGAGAGAGGUGGGGGGAGACCUUGGUUGUCACAAGAGUGCAGGUUUGCUGCUGUAGUUUUAGCAUCAUGACCUUAUUUCAAUUCAAACGCUGAUAGACUUUGCAUGGC